CUGCCCGAAGGCAUGAUGCACCUGCCGGACGGGGCGUUCCGCGGCCGCGCCUCUCUCGUCUCGGUCGCCUUCCCGAGCAGCCUCGCCUCCAUCGGCUACGGCGCUUUCGAGGGCUGCUCCUCGCUCGCCGCCAUCGACCUCCCCGCCACCCUCACCUCCAUCGGCGAUCACGCCUUCUUCCGCUGCAUCACUCUCGUCUCUGUCGCCUUUCCGAGCAGCCUCGCCACCAUCGGCAGCCACGCCUUCUUCCGCUGCUCCUCCCUUGUCUCCAUCGACCUCCCCGCCGGCCUCACCUCCAUCGGCAACAAAGCCUUCGCCCGCUGCUCCUCCCUCGCCUCCGUCGCGCUGCCGCUGCCCGAUGGCCUCUCGAUUGGCGACGGUGCCUUCUCCGGCUGCCCCCUCAACGACGAGGCGAAGGCAGCAGGCGUCACCACCAUCGCAAGCUGCGCCUUCCAAGAGUGGGUCUCCCUCGUCUCCGUCACCCUCCCCGCCGGCCUCACCUCCAUCGGCAACGACGCCUUCGCCAGCUGCUCCUCCCUCGUCUCCGUCACCUUCCCUGCCGGCCUCACCUCCAUCGGCGACUGUGCCUUCUACUGCUGCUCCGCCCUCACCUCCGCCGCCUUCCCCGCCAGCCUCACCUCCAUCGGCGACUGUGCCUUCGACGGCUGCUCCGCCCUUGCCCGCGUCACCUUCCCCGCCAGCCUCACCUCCAUCGGCGACUACGCCUUCCAUGGCUGC